AUGAUAACGAGAAGUCAAACCAAGAAGUUGAAAGCGGAGAAGGAUUCACAAGCACUUGCAACCUCAAAAAAAGGUAACGAAGAUGUUGUUCCUUUGGACCUAGCUAUCGAGAUAUUCAGGAGAUUGCCUUGGAAAUCCGUAGCUAGGUUUCUCCGACUAUCCAAGUCAUGGGAAAAAAUGAUCCGCAGUCGAGAUUUCAUGACGUCUUACCCGUUUAGGUCUUCGACGCAGCCUCGUCUCUUAGUGGUUUUCGUUGAUUUAGAUAGAAAAAGGGAACGUCAAGAUUGGUACUUCUUCUCUCCGUCUUCCUCUUCGACGUCUUCACUUUCACGUGUUUCAUGUCCCUUUCCAGACCCUGAGGCAGUCGAGUACCAUUCUCAUUAUGUUAAUGGCUUGAUAAGCCUUGGUUAUGGUCUAGAGAAAACCAUAACAAACCCUAGCACAGGUAAAUCCAAAACUUUACCUAUAGUCAAAAGACUCAAAACCAGCAGUAUGGUGGCCACAAGUUUUUUCGGGUACGAUCCAGUUAAUGAUAAAUACAAAGUAUUGGUACUUUGCAUGAAGGAAAAAACUCAACGCCCUGGCCUCCAUGAUUUAAAACAUUCAUCUCAUCAGCAUCAAGUAUUCACGCUGGGAGCUAAAAAGGAAGCAUGGAAACAAAUCACGUAUAGAAUUCCACAUACACCUCUGUCUAACAGUGUGUGCAUAGAUGGUGUUUUGUAUUAUAUUGCUAAAACUGGCGCUGAAUUUCAACUGAGCUUAAUGAGAUUCGAUUUGGGGUCUGAGCAGUUGGAUCUUUUUACCAGUUUAUCCGCAGCCAUCAACCCUAUACGUGUGGAUGUUUCUUCUACAUUAAUAAGCUACGAGGGUAAAGUAGCCUUACCCAUGAAGUUUUCAGCAUAUAAUUUUGACGUGUGGGUUAUGGAUCAGCAUGCCAAAGAACAUGGAUGGUUGAAGAAAAGCUUCAGUAUCGAGCCUUGGAAGAGUUUACCACAGUUGGAUCGUUUACACAUCAGAGGCACUACUCAGACGGGCGAGUUCAUUUUGGCACCACGGUACUAUUCUGAUGAAUUUAAUGUUAUCCAUUACAAUCCCGACACGGAAAGUUUUAGAAGCACUAAGGUUGAAGUAUAUGAAGAUCAUGAGUUCAAGCGUCGUGGUACAAGAGCAUUAGUUUUUUCGGAUUACGUAGAGAGUCUUAUAGGUUGCUGUAGGAGAGACAUGACAUGA